AUGGCAACUGAUUCAAACAGCAGUGAUCGCAAGGAAGAAGAAUACGCAGAGUGUGCUUGGAAGAGUCUUCAACACGAAGAACUGACGGAACUUGAACAUGCUGUAGGUCAUGUCAAUAACAAUGAAAAAGAUGAAGAAAAACUGAGACAACUGAUAGAAAAAAUCAUAAAACACUUCCAAGAGCACUCUGAGAAGCGUCUCCAUCUAGCCCGAAAAGACGUGUCCCCAUUCUUCGCCCCCGCCUCGUGCUCUUCCUCGGAGAGUUCGGUCCUAUGGAUCGCUGGCUGUAGACCUUCUUCUUUCAUUCGACUCAUUAUGCCCUCACCGAAUUUGAACCUGACGCCAACGAAACUGAUCCGUGUCUUGAGGGGAUCGUAA